UAAAUUCAAUUGUACAUGAUUCUUAGUUACAGCGAACCUGGUUGGACUUUUCAGAUGCAAAUAUCCUUCCACAGGAUUAAUUAAUCCUCACAGAGUUCAUAUUGUCCCGUCUCACUCUCUGUUGGUCACCUUGAGCACACUCGUGACGGUUCCACGCUGAAAUGGACACACACCCACGCCCAGCCCCACCGCGACUAGAGCUUCGACGGGGCUAUUUGAAAGUGGCAGAGUGAGGAUUGGACCGUAUUUUUGGAAGCGCGCGCGUGUCCGAUAGCCUUGUUAGGUCCGUUGUUAGGACACUUGCGGCGGUCCGGGCGGGGAGCGGAGCGGAGCGCGGGGGACACGGAGGACAGGGGACAGGGGCUCCUCGCAGCCUUCGUCUUUAACAUCGGAGACCCCGGCAGCUCCACCUGCGAGCGCGUUCAACAUGUGAUCGGGGAAAAGAGAAGAGAAGAGCACAGGGAAGUGUGUGUUGUGCGCGCUGUGCGAACGCAGUGACAGCAGAGCGAGGCGGCGCGGCGCGCGACGUCCCGGACUGAACAAGUUCUCGACCAACUCGGGAAGUGAGCGGGUCGGCAGAGAAUCGAACCGAUGCGGCGCGGAUCGCGCGUCUGCGGGCUCUGAGCGCCGGAUCUUGCCGCAGAUGCGCGAACUGAACGCUUAAAAUGCGCUGCGAGGGGAGACGCGCGGGAACGAGCCUGAGCACGCGAGUGAAAUAAUCUGGAAAGAAAUCGUUCAAGUUCUUGGCACAGAAGAGAAGACUUGAUCUUUGCUCUUCUCGGACCUUUCGGGUCACUCUUGGGUUCAGUUCAGCUUCCCGGUUGGGUUGGGUUUGGUUGGGUUCGGUCACGAUGAGCGGGGGUCGGUUCGAGUUCGACGACGGGGGCGCGUACUGCGGCGGCUGGGAGGGCGGUAAGGCGCACGGGCACGGUAUCUGCACGGGACCCAAGGGCCAGGGCGAGUUCUCGGGCUCCUGGAACUAUGGCUUCGAAGUGGUCGGAGUGUACACCUGGCCCAGUGGGAACACCUACGAGGGCUACUGGUCUCAGGGCAAGCGCCACGGUCUGGGCGUGGAGACUAAGGGACGCUGGGUCUACAAAGGAGAGUGGACCCACGGCUUCAAGGGCAGGUACGGCACGCGCCGGAGCCAGGGCAGCGGCGCCAGGUUCGAGGGCACGUGGAACAACGGCCUGCAGGACGGCUAUGGCACGGAGACCUAUGCGGAUGGCGGCACUUUCCAGGGUCAGUUCUCCGGUGGCAUGCGGCACGGCUAUGGCGUCCGUCAGAGUGUGCCAUACGGUAUGGCAGCAGUGGUGCGCUCCCCUCUACGCACCUCUCUGACCUCCCUGCGCAGUGAGCACAGUAACGGCACCCUGCUGCAGCAAGAUGUCCCAGUCAUCACAACCACUAAUGCUGCUGGCCAGGAAACAACGGUGAACACCCCUACACCCGCGGGGCCCUCCCGCGGAGGCUUCGCCCUCACCUUGCAUGUGGAUCCAGAGGUGGCUAAACCCAAGAAGAAGGGGCUGUUUCGUCGGGGCUCCUUGCUGGGAAAGCUGAGGAAGUCAGAGUCACGCACAUCCAUCUCCAGCCAGAAGAGCAAGAUCAGUUUCCUGCGAAGCGAUUCCGCCCUCAGUUCUGCUGCCAGUGAUGCCAACUCCACCAUCAGCAUGGGCGAGGAGAGUGAAGCCGGCGAGGAAUUCCCACCCGUGGAGGCUGACAUUGAUGCCACUACCACCGAGGUCUAUAUGGGCGAGUGGAAGAAUGACAAGCGUUCUGGCUACGGCAUCAGUGAACGUUCCAGCGGCCUCAAGUAUGAGGGCGAAUGGCUAGACAACCAGAGACACGGCUAUGGCCGCACCACCUUCGCCGAGGGCGGGAAGGAGGAGGGCAAGUAUAUGAACAACAUGCUGGUGAAGGCCAUGAAGAAGAGGGUCAUCCAGAUCAAGGGCACCAAGAUCAGGCAGAAGGUGGAACGUAGUGUGGAAGGAGCCCAGAGGGCAGCCGCCAUCGCCAAGCAGAAGGCAGAAAUUGCAGCAUCCAGAACAGCCCACGCGAAGGCCAAAGCUGAAGCCGCUGAACAGGCAGCCAAGGCCUCCAACAACGAAUCUGACAUCGCCAGGGCGGUGGCCAGGGAGCUGUCACCCUCCUUCUACCAGCCAGGACCUGAGUACCUGAAGAAGAGACAGCUCCCGGAGAGUGCGGAAGCCAGUGAGAACACGGAGAUUGCUAUACAUGAGCCUUUGUUAGCAGAGGAACGUUCUCCGACACCCCCUGAGAGCCCCCAGAUGCAAGAGAUGGACAACUUGGGCACAAACUCCACCCCAGCCCGCACACCAUCCCCUGGCCCUGCCACCCCUCCAGAGUUCAGGCGUUCCAGGCAAACCAGCAGCAAGGAGGAUCCCCAUCUCCUGAGCCCCGGCGUCUGGAAUGGAGACAAGUCGAGCCGCGGCGGCGGCAGCCGAGGGAGCAGUCGCCCCAACAGUCGGCCGAGCAGCCGGCCUUCUACACCCUGCUCUUCCGCGGCACUUCUCCCACCUGCUGAUGACAGCCGUGGUAUCUCUCGGACCCCAAGCCGACAGAGUAGCAGGGCCGAGCAGGGCAGUGACCUGGAAAUCAAGCCGCUAGAGAAGACAGACUCGGAGCCUAGGGAUGGCGAUGCUCAAACCGGCCCUACAGCGAGGAACAGCCAGGUCUACUCAACGGAUGAGGAGGACCAUGCUCCGGUUUUCAAGGUGCCCUCCAGAUCCCUUACCCCUGAACCCAAGGUAGAGCUCAGACAAAGAGCAGAGAUGGAGAUGAGGGAAUCCUUGCAUGAAUGCCUGCCUUCGGCCACAGAGAACAAGCCAGAGCAGAAUCCUGAAGCAAGGGAGGAGCGGAAGACAACCGCUACGGAAGAGAUGAAGCCAUCCUCAAAACCUGAGCCCACUGCACUGCCAAAAAGUGCUCCAAAGCCAGAACCUAAGUCAGUAGCUAAGGCUGAGUUAAAGCCUGAGCCUAAGCCAGAGCCUAAGCCAGAGCCUAAGCCAGAGCCUAAGCCUUUGGCUAAAAUGGAACCCAAGCUUGAACCUAAGCAUUUGGCUAAACCUGAGCUCAAGCCUGAGCCUAAAUCAGAGCCCAAGCCAGAGCUUAAGCAGCUGACUAAGCCGGACCUUAAGACUGUGGCAAAACCUACUCCUAAACCACUUUCCAGGACAGAUACCAAAGCUGAUGCCCGGGCCAAAGCCAUGGUCAAGGCUUCCACUGAGAUGAAGGACUUGUUAGAGCUUCAAGAGGGACCGAACACAGUGAUGAUCUGCAUGGUAAUACUGCUGAACAUCGGUCUCGCCAUUCUCUUCGUUCACAUCCUGUCAUGAAGAAGUGAAACCCAGAAAAAUCACCUGUCACAGCUGUCAGAGACAAAUGACCUCUUUUUCCAGCAAGAAGUAUGAAAACACCAGGAAGCCAAGACCGUCUAUGGACGCGGACAUCCUGACCGUAGACUCGGCCACCACAGUGACAUAUUGAGGCUCCGUGAAGCUGAGACACUUGAACGACGAAUUCUCUGCUGGUCAUGGUGAUGGCGAAGGGUACGAGUGACAUGUUGGUCCGUGAGAACGUGAGGGAGUGACGGGUGGAGUCCUAAGCGGAAGGAGUUCGGUGCCGAAAACGUUGUGCCCCAGCGCAGAGAGCGAAUGCGUCAAGUCGCGUGCGGACCGUUCCUCUGAACCAGGUGAAUUUCACCUCCUUCACCUUCAGAACGGUUGUUUCGCCACACAGAGGAACCGGACGUGCGAAAAGUGAAAAGUGCAGUUCCGCUUGCUUCGCGAAACGCCGCCAGUUCCGCAAUACAAAUUGCCAGUGUGCAAAUAAUAACCGUCGACGGAACUGCGGUAGUAUCCUCUGCGUACCCUGGCAAUGCAACAGUGAAAUGAAAGGCAAGAAAAAUAAUACAAAAGAAGAAAUAAAAAUUCUUCUCGUAUCUUUUUUGAGCUGGAGUUGCAUUUAGUAGUUGCUUAAUUGACAUAGAAACAGAAUAUUUAGACAUACAUGCGAUGUGAUGUCAUUUUUCACAAAGCACCCAGUAGAUGCUACAGUGUAUUAUUUGGCAUUUCUAUUUUUUGUCACUAAGGUGAGUGUUUGAGGGAAGUGAAAUGCUCUGUUAGCACAUCAGGAAUGCGCACGGUGAUGUGGUGUCGUCAAGUCGUCUCGAUGAUCUCUCUGACACGCCAGCUGUCUGGCUGGAGAGGGAAAGAGAUCCGUAAGGUGGCAAAGUAAGGAAAAAAAUCGCGGGCCCUUCCACGGACCCCGCAAUCAGGGUCGCGCGAGGUCUGCCGUCCGGUUGAACAUCCCUCCGAGUGGCGAUGGGGGUACGGUGAGAGGGUGUAGUCACCGCGCUCCAAGUUCUAGUUGUACUCCCUUCCUUUCCAGGGAACGUUUGUCUUGGUACCGCUCCGCUUGAGAGCUCAUGGAAUCGCGAAGAGCCGUUUGGUCGUAGGUUAUAGGUGUGGCGUGUUGUGAUGAUGAGCAGAGCAUUAGGGUUUAGGGUUAGGGUUCACACUGACCCCUAACCCUAAGGCCUGAGCGAGCCAUCCUCCUGACCCUCCAGGCGCCUUGUACCACAGAAACAAGGCAACCUUGUAGCGUCUCCCUCGUUCCUACUGAGGUCGCUGGCAGCAGUAAGAAGACAAACAUAAGAGGAAAGAUGUCUUUUGCACGUAGAAAUACACCUGUGAAGGAGCUGUGCCGUAUUACCUGAUUUUUCUCAGUAGAGUUGCAUCAACAAAUGGGUUUUGUACUGUUACCAUAGUACCGGUAGGUGAGGAUCCCAUGGCGGAUAGACUGCAGUUAGUGCCUGUUUUGGAGAGCAAAAAUCAAGCAUGUGUAGUUUAAAAGCGCUGCACGUAAAAGGAGAACUGGUCGUGCCGUAAACCCGCACCGGUUUUCUUCCCGGACUUUAUAUGCAUGUGUGCACUUUUGUAGCGUGCAUUUUUGUACCUUUUUCAAGUGUGUAUCUUUUCAUCGAGAACACUACCGUAGCGUUUGCAUUCGUGUGAGUGUGUUGUUGAGUCCAGGCCGCUUCGUGUCGCCCCUCUAGAAGCCCCAGAUUACCUUGCGAGAAGAAGGGAUGAGUAGUUGGCGUUCAUGGAACUCCAGGUCUUACAUUAGAGAGUAGAAGGCGCUCUGAUCACGUGUUCUGCCUCAGUUCUUAUUGGUGCCAAAGGAAUGUGGCGUUUACAAAGUAUUCCCCUACCCACCCCCAUCCACCGCCGUCGUUGCCCAACUCACCUCAUUCAGCCAUGAGCUCCUGAACGUGUUUCCAAGCAAUAAAGGAAGAGUGUGGGAAUCGGACGCACAGAUGCUCUCCAAGCAAGGGCUGAAGUGUGUGUUCUCAUCGAUGUGUGGUGCCAGUGUAGAUGAGCUCAACGUAGCCUCUCAAAAUACAAAUAAGUUGCAUGGUUCUUUAUGCCAUGGGUAUAUUUUUGAAAAACGUUUAACUUGUUCUGUAGAGCAGCUGAACCUGGUAUUGGUGACCCGCUCACUGAACUCAUUUUUAUUCCAGCUCCGCUUGAUUAUUAUAAUUGAUUAUAAUUCACUGAGCUGCUCUUUGAACGAACUCAACAUUCUGAUCAUUUUAACCAAAAUCGUUUAGGUUUUUGAGCCCCCGUGUAUCUGUAUAUCCGUUAAUA